UCGUGAAAUUGUUUUAGAUAUCGUCAAAAGAAAAAAGCCUGUUUUGAGAUACGUUUCCAACAAGCUUUUGAGUGACCAAGAAUUUGUACAGCAGAUAGUUCAGUUAGGAUGUAAAGAUCUUUUGAAAUAUUUACCACAAGAAUACACCACGGACAGAGAAUUUUUGAAAAAAGCAAUAAGACUUGGUGCAGGUAUUUGUCGAUCCUUUUAUCCCUAUUAUAAGAACGACAAGGAAUUGAUGUUGGAAGCAGUGAAGCGGGAUGGAUAUGCACUGAGGAAUGCAAGUGAAGAAUUGAAGAAAGAUGAAGAACUUGUAAUUGAAGCUGUCAACAAUAAUGGUUUUGUUUUGGAGUAUAGUGAUGAAUUGUAUCGAAUACGAAUGGAACAUUGUUAUUAUGGUGCUUAUUUGGGGAAACCUUAA